AUGGCACCAAUCACGAAAGUCAAGCAAUCAAACACCGAGAGUCUUCCUGCCUUCAUCCCUGAUGAAAUGGUUGCCGUCUUCAUCGGUGCAACCUCCGGAAUUGGUGAAGCUACACUUAAACAAUUUGUUGUCGCUGCCAAGGGGAAGUCUCCGCGUGUUUAUGUCGUCGGUCGCAGUGCAAUGAAAUCGGCCCCCUUGCUUGAAGAGCUUACGCGCACUGAUCCCGCCGCUCGAAUUGAAUUCAUUGAGAAAGAUGGCUCUCUCCUUCAGGAUAUUGAAGCAGCUACAUCACUUAUUAGAAAGAACGAGACUAGAGUGGAUUUGCUGUUCAUCUCUAUCGGCUUUAUCUCCUUUGAAGGAAGAAUUGAAACGUCCGAAGGCCUAGAGCCUUCAAUGACAACCCGCUUUUACAGCCGCGCUUUAGCUAUUCAACAACUGCUCCCCCUCCUAAACAACUCCGAGAACCCGCACGUUAGCAAUGUUUUGGCUGGCGGGAUGGAGUCCUCAAUUGACUUGGACGACCUUGACCUUGCGAAGCCCGGCAACUACUCCAUCGUGAAAGCAGCCGUCCACUCAGCCACCAUGCUCACAUUAAUGUUGGAGAAAUGGGCCAAGGAGAACCCAAAGAUCAGCUUCGUCCACUCCCACCCCGGCAUUGUCCGCACUCCGAUUCUAUCCCGCGCUUCCAGGGGAAUCUCCGGCAUUCUUCUCCGAAACGUUGUAUCACCUCUGGUGAAUACAUUCUUUGCAACAUCCGCAGAUGAUUCUGGCGCUCGAUCCCUCUUCCAAGCGACUAAUGCUCGGUACACUGUGGACGCUAACACGUCGCUGUCACCGCCCAUCCCUGAGGGCCUGGGCAAGGCUACCAUGACACCGGGUGGUGUAUUUUUGGUUAAUCAGAAUAGCGAGAUAACCGACAACGAGAAGAUACUGAAGGAGUUGAGGGUAUCCUCUGCCGACUUGGUGGCCACUCAUUUCGAGGGCAUUCUCGCUAGGGUGCUCUAA